AAAAAGAAACAUGAAAGAUCCCCAUCCCUUGACCCACUUGGUUCCAAAUAAACCUCCUCCAUGGGUUUCCACCACACAAACGCAUUCAGCCCCCUCUUGGCUGCCUCUCUCAACCUCUCCCAAAUAAACCUCUUUCUCCAUAGCUUUCCACAACACAGGCCAUAUACUCUCUCUCUCUCUCUCUCUCUCUCUCUCUCUCUCUCUCUCUCUCUCCCUCUCUUUCUUUCUCAUACAGUAAGCCUGUUAUCCACAGCCAUGAACAAUUUUGCAAUGAAUCCCACAGCUGGAACACAAUUUAUACUGCUUCUCUUGAUCGCCCACUUCACUAUUUCUCCAGGAAGAUGCCAUGCGCUUGAGAUGAGGCCAGUUGAAUCAAUCCAAUACCAGGUGGUUGAAGCAGCACUUGUGGGCAGUCACACCAGUCAUCUUGAUGGAAGGAGGAAGCUGGCACCAUUCCAACUGUGCUUGGUGUGCAAGUGCUGUGCUGCUGGUGGUGGAGAUCCAACCACUGGUACUUGUGCCACCAUGCCAUGCUGCUUUGGCAUAGACUGUCAGCUCCCCAACAAGCCCUUUGGUGUGUGUGCUUUUGUUCCCAAGACCUGUAACUGUACCUCUUGUGCUGUCUAACCACCUCUCUCUCUCUCUCUCUCUCUCUCAUACAUAAAAAGACAAACACAGACUGUAUAAACUUUAUUACAUUUUCACCUUUUCAUAAUCUUCAUAUACACUUCAUUGAAGUGGGUUCUCUGUUGUGUUCUCCACCUCCAUCACUGCCUCAAAACGCUAGGGGUAAAUUCCUUGUAUGUAGUUUUGGUCUUUUAGCCAUUUAUUGAUUCUAUGCUGUAAUGUAAUCCAAUAAUGUGUGGCAACUCAUUUGUAUUGUGUAUAUGCAUGUAUGAGUAAUAAUUCCUUGAGAUUAA